ACCAUAAGCCCUUAACGUAUGCCCUGCAUACCAAGUCUGACCGCUACUCACCACGAGAGUGCAGACAUUUGGACUAUAUCUCACAGUUCACGACAGACCUUCGUCACAUUAAAGGCGAGUCGAACUAUGUUGCCGAUGCUCUUUCACGUAUCCAGACGAAAGCAGUUACUUUACCGGUGCUCGAUCUUCCUGCUAUGGCCGCCGCGCAAGCAAACGAUCCUGUCUGUACAGAAGCACCACAAUCUUCGUCCCUUCAGUGUCAGGAAGUACCCCUAGCUACUAGCUCAGGUACUAUCCUAUGUGAUAUUUCUACCGGUCUACCUCGACCCAUCGUACCCUCUACCUAUCGCCGUCUCGUCUUCGAUGCCCUUCAUGGAUUGUCUCAUCCAGGUAUCGCAGCCACAUUACGUCUCAUCGCUGCACGAUACGUCUGGCUGUCCAUGAAUAAAGAUGUUCGUAUGUGGGUAAAGCAAUGCUUACAGUGUCAACGAUCAAAAGUGCACAGGCACGUAGCUGCCCCCAUUGGCACGUUCGCUACGCCUGAUGCUCGCUUUGAUCACGUUCAUAUAGACAUUGUAGGACCAUUGCCACCAUCGCAUGGGUAUGAUCACAUACUCACGUGCAUUGACCGUUUUACAAGAUGGCCCGAAGCUAUUCCCAUCACGUCUAUCACGGCGGAGACAGUUGCUCACCGCUUCGUAGAACGAUGGAUAGCAUUGUACGGUUGUCCCUCGACUGUCACGACUGACCGAGGACAACAAUUUGAGUCCGCAUUAUUCUCCUCACUGACCCGGCUGCUUGGUACGGAACGCAUACGCACUACCGCCUACCAUCCAGCAUCGAAUGGUUUAGUCGAAAGGUUUCACCGCCAACUUAAAAGUGCUCUCCGAGCACACGAAAACGACAAUUGGUACGAAACCUUACCGCUCGUUCUCUUAGGCAUCAGAACGAGUUUGAAGGCAGAUAUUCAAUGUUCCGCCGCUGAACUUGUAUACGGCACGACAUUGCGUCUGCCUGGGGAAUUCUUCACACCACGGAGCAGUAAUGAUUUCGGUAAGUCAGACUACGUCCAUCGACUGUCUGCAUUUAUGCGAACGCUGUCUCCGGUGUCAACUCGAAUACAACAUCGACAGGUCGCUCUCCCUCGAGAGUUAUCUACCUGUUCACAUGUUUUCAUACGAGUAGAUUCGGUACGCAAACCUCUACAACAGCCUUACGAAGGCCCUUUUCACGUGAUCUCUCGUCACGAAAAGACCUUCAAGGUUGAUCGACACGGCCGCGUCGAGAUCGUCAGCAUUGAUCGUCUCAAACCAGCACACGUCGAUGACAGUGCCCUACCCAAUAACUUGAGACUCAAUGCUAGACCUACCAAACCUUCUAGCGGGAUCUCUACGUCUACCUCGGAUCCCACGCUAGAUACAUCAGAGACCUCGUUCUCACGUCCCGGUCAACAGCACGCGUCAUCUGCACCAUCUACGGACGAGACUUCCGUCUCACGUCCAGAUCGGCAGACCACGCCUCCCUUGACCUCGGAUGAGAUCGCAGGCUCACGAAGCACGAACGAGACCACCGUCUCACGUUCCGGUCGCCGGGUACGAUUACCCGUACGCUUUCGCGACUAAACGCACAGUCAAUAACAUACGGUGUAGGAUUAUUCCUAUACUACACGCAUGCUACACUUUUCUUUUUUUUGAUUUUUUUUUGUAUCCUGAGCCCACGCCUCCGACCAUCGUCCAUUUGAUAACGUCGACUUCAGUCAACUUUGGCGAAAGCUGGUUUGGCCACCCACGCUCUAGUCAACGCACUCAGUCGAUUAUCUGGUCUCGAAUUCGCCUGGCAUAUGCUUGGUAGUUAUGGUCGCGUCCGGUUUCCUGGCUCAACGUGGUUUCGUCCUACGUCUGCAGCGUUUUCUGGUUCACAUCCCUACGAACGCAAUCAUCAGAUUCUGGAUACAAACCACUCUGGUGUGGUAUGCUAACUCGACCAACAAAUACAGCACACUUCUCCUGGUACCGUUCUGCGCAAAAGACCUUCGUUGGAAACUCGAGGAUCAAUGAUCACUUCCUGUUCCGCCAAUUUCCUCCGUCCUACAACCGCAAUUCUGCCGAUCAGUCCCACGAAUCAAACCGCUAACUAUCGAAAGUGUAAACCCUUUCUAGCGGGGGGCUCCUGUAGUGACAUACUUUUGUCAACAGAACACGAUUGGUUCGAUGAAAACAAUUAUUAUUAUAACCAAUUGUACCAGUGACUGUUUUACUGUGCUCGUUUGUUUAACUGUGCUAAUAACAGCCAUUUUGGGCUUCCAUUGUAUUCCGUUGCUUUUACGCGGUUUUUGGACUACGCACGUAUCUUAUCUUGCCGAUCGCAACUGUACUCCUUUGGCACGAUCUCGGUAUUCUUUCGAUACCACGAGAUCGCCAACAAAUAUAUACGACUACUAC